CACACUGCAUACAUGCUGGUUCAGUUUCUACUAAAUAAACUAAAACAGCACAAUGUUUUCCAUAUUGUAGAUACCUGAAGCCUUGUGCAGAUACAGAUACAGAUGCAUUGACCUGAUGCCAUAUCUGACCACACACAGCGGUGCAUCGUCAGUCGAUGAGAUGCUGUCAGAUCGCGUUGCUCGAGACGCUGCCCUGAGCUGAACUUAUAGCGAGAUGCUAACAGCCACAGCAGCCCCGGCAAGUAGCACCCCGCUAGCUAGAUACUGCUUACUUCAGAUUAAAAUUUUACUUAAAAGAAAAAAAACAAAAUUUUAGAGCACGAUUCGUGCUUGAACACAUUUCCGUUAACAAUGUGUUAUUUUAACUGAGCGGCAAUUUAAAGUUAAGUAACUUAGUGAAGUGAGCUAGCUAACGUUAGCUAACUAGCAUUGCCAGAAAGUUCAGUGUUGCUGGACAAUUCAGGGUUUAGUAACGUUCCCAUGUUGGGAAACGUUCUCAGACGGUCGCAGUAAAUAUAAAACAUGGAGUCUGUGAAGCUAGCAGGGGCGACCAUCACCUCCACCGGCCCCUAACACACUUCAACAUCAGAAACGUUGGCAGAACCAAACAAGACGGCAGCAGGAGAGAAGCUGGACCGGUCCAGCUCAGCAUCCAGCUCAAAGAUGGAGUUAGCAGCGGCUCACCCAGCUCUCAAAGCCUUUAUGUGUGGCUCUCUCAGCGGCACCUGCUCAACGCUGCUCUUCCAGCCUUUGGAUCUGAUCAAGACACGACUGCAGACCCUGCAGAACAAUGCCAAGCCGGGUGCACCCAAGGUGGGGAUGUUUACCGUUUUUAUCAGUAUUAUCAGGACAGAGAAGUUCUUCAGUCUGUGGAAGGGAGUUUCACCAUCAUUCGUGCGCUGCAUCCCUGGGGUGGGUAUCUACUUCAGCACCUUCUACUCCCUGAAGCAGCACUUCUUCCUGGACCGGGCGCCCAACGCUGGUGAGGCUGUUCUGCUUGGAGCUGGUGCCAGAGCUGUGGCUGGAGUCUGCAUGCUACCGUUCACGGUCAUCAAGACACGUUUUGAGAGUGGCCGUUACAACUAUGUGAGUGUGGCCGGGGCUCUGAGGAGUGUGUAUGAGACGGAGGGAAUCAGGGCUCUGUUCUCAGGACUGACUGCCACGCUUCUCCGAGACGCUCCAUUCUCCGGCAUCUAUGUCAUGUUUUAUAGCCAGGCCAAGAGAGCGCUGCCUCAAGAGGUGACUUCAGCAGCCUAUGCCCCGCUGGUGAACUUCAGCUGUGGAGUAGUGGCAGGUGUCAUGGCAUCACUGGUCACGCAGCCUGCAGAUGUAGUGAAAACCCACAUUCAAGUCAGCCCGUCCCACUGGAGCACAUCAGACGCUGUCCGCUACAUCUACAUGGAGCACGGCAUGCGUGGGUUUUUUCGUGGGGCUGUGCCUAGGUCACUUCGACGCACUCUGAUGGCUGCUAUGGCUUGGACUGUUUAUGAACAGCUGAUGGCUCGAAUGGGCCUCAAAUCCUGAAGAACAAACCAUGUGGAAUUGCAAAAAAAUGAGAGGGAAUAUAACGGGAUUAAGAAGUAUUUUUUUCACUGAAAACCUCUUGGAAGAAGAAAGGGGUGCAGAGGAGCUUAUAGAGGCCAUAAAGCAGCACUAUGAAGAUUUUGAACUGUGAAACCAGGUGGAUAAAUGUAUGAAAGAAGAGUGAGGCUGCUGGGUGUGAGUGCGCACGUGGAUUUUUUUUGUUUUCAUUGGUAUUUAAAUGUGAAAAAGUGUCUGUCAGUAAGUCUGAGCUUGUGAUGUUACACCUAACACACUGUUGUGCCAGUCUUGGACUGUAGUAACACUCCCUGCUGUGAGGUGAACUUUUUCCUCUUAAAUAUUUAUGUUCGGGCAGAACAAAAUAUCACUACCAGGGCCAGUCACUCCUCUGGGCAGCACAGUUGCCUUUGACAGGCAAACAGGAUACAUCUGCUGAGAUAACCAAAAACAAAGGCACUGCAGAGGUGGACAGAGGAGCUUGUGAAACUUGCAUAAGAUUGAGCAAUGUCUGUUACUUGCUGAUUGAUAGUAAUUGAAAAGCAGAGAACUUAUAUUUGGUUCAGGCUCAGACAAUCUAAAGCACUCGUACAGCUGCAUUACGGGAAGAAAAUCUGGGCUAACUCCAGUCAUCACAAUAAAGCCUUUGUUGCUGCACUGCUCAAAACUAUGCUAAUUUACACUUUCUAUAAAACUGUGGUGCAUUUUGGCUCAUCAUAGUGGAACCAUGUGUGCUUUUUUUCCCCCAGAAACAAUGAUAGUCACUUCUGAAGGAGAUUCAGACCUCUGAUGACAACUCACAGAGAUCACGAUUUUGUGGAUUUUGUUUUUAGAAUUUUGUAAUUUGUUAUUUUUGAAGGUUUGCCAUUUUGAGUUACCCUGUGGAGUUUUGGCACUGACACCACUGCAAAUUACUGGUUCUUAUGAGUGGGUCCCAGUUUAGUUUGUUUUGUGCACACAGGAGCAACAUAAUACAGAGUAACUUGGUGCCAGAUUUUAAUUGUUUUCAGCAUUUAAAGUCCCUCUGUGGUCAUUGAUUACACUCCUACAAACUCAUCUUUAUGCCAAGUUACGCAUUUAGAGUUUUUUUCAAUAAAAAUAAUUCCUUUGACAUAACUCUGCACCAUAAUUUCCUCCAGAAUGUGCAGAUCUGUAGUCUCUACUCACCCCGUCCUCUUUUCUGCAGCUGUAGCACACCAGCUCACUCACAACUCUGCUCAAACAGUGUGAAACUACUUUAUGCUCGUAAUAUUGAAGUAUAUCAGCCAUACAUAUUCUUUUUUUUUUGUCUGCAUAUCUGCUCAAAAAUGACACCAACCAGCCACAGUGUCAUUACUUAAGCUGCAUGCAAUUUUUUUUCCUUAUUUGCGAUUGUGACCAUCACCUGCCCUCAUGGCAAAUUAACCUAUCAUGUUUAUUUCAAGCUGUUUCCUGCAUUAUGCCAUUGAGGGCUGUGCACACCCAAGUGAAACAUAAAACAAACACAGGACAGACAAAAAGUGAAGCAUAGACAGUGUUCUGAGAGAAAAGGUGAAUUCUAUUUAUUUGUGCUCUUUAAUUCACACCUUUGAAACCAGUUACAAAUCUAAGACCCUUCACAAACACCAGAUACGACAAAAUCCCAACAGGAUCAAUCAGGAUGGAAGUUGUCAGGAGACCACAGGAAGGAUAGAUGAAGCAGAGUGAGAUCCACAGACACUAACCCAGCAACCUCCACUGACUCAGCGACCGGAGGAACACACUCUAUUGAGUUUUGGUAGGUGCCGGUGUGGUGGAUCUGGCAUGCAUGAAAACCUCCACCAAAAGGAGGGAGCUGUCUCCUCCAGCGCCAAGGAGGUCCACACAGCCAUACAUAUUCGAAGUUGGGAUUGAAUCCGAGUUGUGAAACCUUGGCUAUCUGAAACCAUAUGUUUGAAAUCAUCAUUGUUACACUGCAGCCAUUUCUUUGACUGCGUUUGUUUUGCUCAUAUGUUUUCGAACUUAUAAAAUAUGGACAUUUUUACAAAGUAUCAACCAACAACAACAUAUGAUUUUCACUGGAAGGGGUCUUUAGAUUUGUCAGAUAUUCCACUGAGCAUGAUUUUUAAGGAGGGUAUUGAUUUUGUGAGAAACACUGAAUGUAAGCAUAACUUUGUAUUUACAAGAAAACUCCAAAGGGCACCUUUAACAGCAAUACAGUUUGCUUUGUUUCCCAAGUUCAAAUAAGCACUUUCAUAAGUUGACCUUUUUUCUCUACAAAUUAAGUACAUAUUUUGACGACAGGGUGACAUUGAAAUCCUUCAAAUAUUCCUUAUUUUGUUAUCGCCUGUCAUAAUACAGAAUUUCCAGAAUAAUGCACGUGCAAGUGAAGCAUUGCUUAAUCAUUGUGCUGACAAAAGUUAUACAGAGUCCGUCUCGGUGCUGGAGCUGUGGAUCUUGUCAUUUUGUCGCCUUUCUCUGGCUCUGUAAAUAAUGUACUUAUUACAGGAUUAUUGGCUGGUACAAAAAAGGCCACAUUUUUCUGUUGUUUGUAGAGUGUAUCUGUCUGCAUAGAUAUUAUUUAUUGUUGUUGAUACAAAAAAGAGGUCAUACAUUGAAAAGUAAUUAAUAUGUGUGAGUGUUUGGAGAGAAAAUGCCAAAUGGAAGAUCUCAUUAGAGGAAGGAAGAGAUGGACCUGGAUCAAAAUGCAUCAGUGUGCACCCACCGAGUGCCAAGUUGUUGAGAAAUGUUGGUUGUCUUGACAGAAAGUUCACUAAUGCACAGUGUGAUCUGUGAUAAGGAUGUAAGGACUACAGAUGGAAAUUAGCAUGAUGCUAAGUCUGGUGCAGCCACCUUUUUAAUGUAACUGCUCGCUGUCUUUUUUUAAAUAAACUGAAUCUGAAUCUGAUGGAAGCAAAAGGUUGGCAAACUUAAGCAAAAAGAAACACUUGAAAUCAGAAUGCCAGUUUUGCCGCAUAAGUGUUUUUAUUCAGGCUUUGUUUCAGAUAAAAUGACAGUUUAACAUAAUAGCAGUUCAAUUACGGUGAAGGUUACAGCACAUAGUGAGGCGUUGCUGUCUCUGAGUGGAGGCAUAUGUAUGACUAAGCAGUUUCUUUUUCUUUUCUUUUUCUUUUUACAGGCCUGGUGAACGUUAGUGGAGUGUUAAUUUCUGAAAGCGUCAGUGUUUGCUGUGUAACACAAACUGUGUAUCUAACAACACCCUCCAUGUGCCAUAAUUCACACCUCAAAGUUAGACCUCGUCAGUUAUCGUCACCAUCUUAUCACUUCUGUCGUGACUGUACUGCAUUUGGUCUGUUAGUGUAGAUGUUUGGUCUGUGCAUGUGUUUGCUCAGACAGAUGCUGUGCCUGCCUGGUUUUUAAGGUCAAUAAAAAUUUUCCUCUUUUUAGUUUUCAAAA